UGGUGUGCUGACAGGUGUCGCCUGGCUACCCACGACAUGCAAACAGCCAUGCUGGGUGCGGAUGGCGAUCAGCAUCAUGGCAACCGUGAGAAAUCCUUUGCCGAUGUAGAGGUCAAAGAGGAGUGCGACGAGGAAAAGUAUGCAGGGAGCCCUAGGAAUGGAAACACGGACACAACCAGGUCGUGGCUGUACAUCAAGGAGGAGAUCAAGGAGGAAAUGCAGCAGGACGAGAUCGGUCCCUUGAGUGUUGCGGCAACAACUGUCGAGUACAAGAUCAAUCAGGAGGUCAAAGAGGAGGUGGAAGAGAAGGUGGACUUGGGCCAAGAUUCGGUCGAGCCCGCCACCACUCCCACAACCAAGCGUCGCCGCCUGACUCGAAGGAACAUGCAAGGGAAAGCAGCAGCCGCAGGUGCCACAGAGACUUUGGUUCAGGCUUUUAUCAAGAAGGAAAAACCUGAUGAUAUUCAAGUCAAGCAAGAGGAGAGUGAUGACCAAGAUGCCCAUGCCCUGUGGCUCCAAGUGAAGAAGGAGAUAAAGGAUGAGAUGCAGCAGGACCAGAAUUGUUGCUUGGAUGUUGGCGCCACCAUUGCUGGACAUGAGGUCAAGCAGGAAGCCAAAUUGGAGGUUGAAGAGAAAGUCGACGCAGGCAAUGACCCAGUGGGGCUGCCCAGCACUCCCAGAGCCAAACGUCGCCGCCUGACUCGAUGGAAUAUGCGAGAGAAGCCAGCUGGCACAGGCACUGUGGCUCAGGCUUCUAUCAAGAAGGAAAAGCCUGAUGAUGCUCAAGUCAAGCAAGAGAAGAGCAAUGACCUAGACCACCAUGCCUUGUGGCUGCAAGUAAAGCAAGAGAUCAAAGAGGAGAUGCAGCAGGAUCAGAUUGAUUGCUUGGGUGUUGGCACUGCCAUUGCUAGACAUGAGGUCAAGCAGGAAGUCAAAGAGGAGGUCGAAGAGAAAGACGUAGGCAGUGAUCCAGUGGGGCUAGCAAUCAGUUCAACUCCACCAAGCAAGAAGCGCCACUUGGCACGCAAGGAGACCAAGAUCAAGAGGGAGAAAAGUGAUGACCGUAAAGCUCCUCAGGACAAGCCGGAUGGCCGGUGGCCGCAAGUCAAAAGCGAGAUUAAAGAGGAGUUAGGCAAGGAGGAUUCAACGGCUGACAGCAUAAAGAUCAAGAAGGAGCAUAUAGUGGAUGCAGGCUCCAGACUUCCUCCAUCGAAGGAGGCAGCGAGUGCUGAUGAUGCCUCCUUGGAUACUUUUGCCGCAGCAGCAGCUACUUGGGCACAGCAGUGCCUCGCAUUCCGAAAGACCAAGACGUGGACGCCGACCAGGCCAUGUUGUCCUGCCAACUUCUUCGUCGGCCCUGUGGAUGGUGUGCCAACAGCUCCCGCAGAACAUGCGCCAGCAUGUGUGCAGCGAUUGUCUGCCUACCGUUUGCGGUGUCUUCGGCGAUUCCACCGCAACCAUGAUCCCCAAACGCUGCUCGCGGAGGAGGUGCCAGCAGAGUCCCCGAUGCGGUUUGCUUCGCCCAAAAAAGACCGGGCACUGUCACCUGAAGAGCUGCUACUGGCGGAACAGGACAUAAAGGUCCGUGGCUUGGACCUGAUGAAGAUGUGGCCGUGGAUGAGGGAUCUCCCAACUUGUUUGUGGGCUGGACGUGGCUGGGCCUUCGAUGAGAAUGGUCUACGGCGCUUGUCCACAAGCGGCGGCAGCGAUGCCAUGGAAGGUGUCGAAGUCUGGGACUCAGUCGGCCAAGCACCCGAAGAGGUGAAGCCGAUGGAAGAGAUCGUCAAAGAAGCCACAGCUGCAGCCACAGCAGGUUUCUCUUCAGAAGGCCCUGCGACAUCAGAGAAACCAGUUCGCUUCAGGAGGGACAAUUCGGGGAAGCAGAGUGGGGUUCCAGAUGUGACCUGGCACCCAGCUUG